AUGUGUCGCCUGUCGACGCAGUCAACCUCAACCACAGAGAUUGUUGCUGCUGCCCGCGGGAAGAUAGCGUUCAGUUCUAUGGCUAUCACGAGUGGUAUACACAGGACACUCAUCGAGAAGUCUUACCCAUGGAUACCAGAUGUGUGUUCUUCGGCUUUGGUAGGUUUUGGUGAGAGAAUACUGGAACGUAUUGAGCGUGAGGUCACCCUAGUCCUCCUAGAGGCCGGUUUCGACCCUAGGAUAGAUUGGAACAGCCGCGUAUUCAGACCGAUAAUAGCCACCUUUGAUAUCGUUGAGGAGCUCGGAGUUUGUCCAGAGGAUUCGGAAUACAUGUUACUGCUCGUCACUGCGCUCUUGUUAGCUUUCGAACUCUUGCUCUUGGCUGGAAGAGACAAGGCAAAAAGAACGCGUACCUUUCUUGUACGAGCUUUCGAGGACAUCUUUGUAGAGCCGGAGAUAUGCCGUACAGUUGGCGAUGUCCUCGACAUUGAACUUUCUCGGCUGGCGCGAAUGAAUGCCGAUACCAAGGUAUUGAAGGCAAUCCAAGGCGUCCGGGUGCUGCUGCCUGCCAUUGCCACUUGCACAGCAACGUGGGACGCGCUUAUGCUUCACGGCUUGCGAGGCAAGGAGCGCAACCGUUAUCUCCAACAACGAAUGCGCACAUCCACCUCAUUGGAACCGGAAGUGCGCAUCUCCAUGUGUAGCGAGGAAGCAGCCACUAAGUUUCUUCGAGAAGUUGAGAUAUUCGCGCCACUGCGGCGUCUUGCGGCAAAUCCAUUUGAUGUUGAAAUCAACGUCUUUCUAAAGCAUGGAUGUGGCUGGGAUAUCGAUUUCGCAACCUCCAUCGACCUCGAAAUGGAUCGCGCAAGGGUCAACACGUUUACGGGCUUGAGCAUAAAGCUAGAGGCGGGCUGUUUAGUGUCUCCGGUAACUGCACCCGACAACAAAAUGUUAGUAACAAUGCCAGAACGCUCCGCGAGUGGGUUCACUGGUACAAUAUCCAUUCCGCCAGGCUGCUCAUAUUGUGUGGACAAGGUGGAGGCAUUGAGAGAGAGGAGAAGUGGCGCGAAAUGCACACUCAUCGAGACAGCGGACUCAGUGCUCGAGAUUGGUGAAGGCGAUUAUUCUAUCAAGCGUGUGAGUGGCGGCACUCAUCUCAUCGUUGAGAACGUUACACGAUAG